CCCUCUUCACAUGCACUGACACCCUUGAAUCUUUGAUCUCUCCCAGUCUCCACCCGUGCAUUCAUUCACCUCCCAUUCUCUCUCUCACCCUUUUCUUCACUUCACAAAUCGGGUGAAAUGUGGAAGCUGAAGAUCGCAGAGGGAGGGAGUCCUUGGGUACGAACUACCAAUAGCCACAUCGGCAGGCAGUUCUGGGAGUUUGACCAGGGACUCGGAUCCCCCGAAGAGCUAGCCGAGAUCGAGAAAUCGCGUGAAAACUUUCGCAUUCAUCGGUUCGAGAAAAAGCACAGCUCAGAUCUUCCCAUGCGUAUUCAGUUUGCAAAAGAGAAUCCUGUCAGUAUAGUCUUGCCCCAAGUCAAAGUAAAAGAUAUACAUGAUAUCACAGAGGAUAAAGUGACAAACACGCUAAGAAGGGCAAUUGGUUUUCAUUCAACUCUCCAGGCGCAUGAUGGACACUGGCCAGGAGAUUACGGAGGUCCUAUGUUUCUAAUGCCUGGCUUGGUCAUUACUCUGUCUAUUACCGGAGCACUGAAUGCAAUAUUGUCAAAAGAACAUAAGCGUGAGAUCUGCCGUUAUCUUUACAAUCAUCAGAAUAGAGAUGGUGGGUGGGGUUUGCACAUUGAGGGCCCAAGCACCAUGUUUGGUACUGUUCUGAGCUAUGUUACAUUGAGGUUGCUUGGCGAGGGAGCUAAUGAUGGACAAGGGGCAAUGGAGAAAGGGCGUAAAUGGAUUCUGGAUCAUGGUAGUGCCACAGCAAUCACUUCAUGGGGAAAAAUGUGGCUUUCAGU